CAGAGAUAGGAGUCCGAGUGAGUGAGUGUGUGUCUGGGAGCUGAGAGUGGAGAGAGAGCUGUAAACAUUUUAGCCCGGAGGCUGGAUGGGAGGAGGGAUUUCCCUGACUUUGUGACUUUUUCAAACUUUUCUUGCGCUUGGAGCGGCACUCUGUGUCUUCCUCUGUGUGUAUAUGUGGGAGGUACAGGCAGGGGCUAUGCAAAGUGAGAGCAGUCGGAAGCAGGGGUAGGGGUGUACAAACCGUGGAAGAGAGAGGGGGGAAGAGGCAAUCUACUCGGAAGGAAAGGAACCAUGCAAGUGGAUGCUGUCUUCUGCGGGGUCAGGUUACGCAAAAUGAGAAACUACUCCAAGAGCACUUCAUCAGGGCUCACCCAGCUCAGAGAGGAUGCCAGCUGCUAGCACCAUGACCGGUGGGAGGGCCCUGCUGCUGUGUACAAACACUGACAACUGUAUCUACCAAUCAGUAAACGGGCUCCAGUGCUGUGGCUUGAAGGUUGGGGAGGCUCCGUCGUCUGCGGUGCCCCAGCGCCAAGAGGUGUGCGGGUCACCAGGGGACAGAGACAGGAAGGACACCGCUGUGUCUGCAAAGCGUCCCCUCUCCCCACUACUCAGCCUGAGCGACAGCCCGGGUCCUCCUGACACCAUGCUGGCUCACAGGAGAGCCACCACCACCACCGACCCGCGGGCUCCCAACAUGGAGAACGGGCUGUGUGGCAAGCUGAACCACAACAAGAGCCCAGCGGGAGUAAAGACUGCCAGCAUUCGUGAUAAGAUCUCACAAUGGGAGGGCAAAAAGGAGUCUGCCCCUCUAACUUCUUCAGGGACAUGUCCACUGAGCACGACACAGAAAGAAGUCGAGAUGGUGAGGAAAAAGGAAUCCAAAGCUUCGGAGGUUCAAAGGACAGAUAGCAAGAGGUUUGUCAGCUGGGACAGACAAGACUCAGGAAAGAAAAGUGUUUUAACUCAUGUUAAGAAACUGGAGAAGGCAACAAAGGAUGUUCCUGACAGACCGUCGCUGGCAUUUCCAGGGAAUUACUUCUGCCCUCCUUCAAAGGAAGAGCUAGAGGAAUCAGAAAAAAAGGCCAAUGAGCCCAUUUUUGGGACUUUUGACAUUCGGCCUGGUGGGUCGCGGAGGAGAAGGGAAGGGGAUCCAGAGAACGUGUACAGCGAGCCAGGUGCUCCAUCUAUAAACCCUGUACCUAAACCUCAGAGAACCUUCCAGCACCACACACCGCCCACUAACCCAGCUUCAGGGCCUGGCUCGGGGAAGGGAAGGAGGAACUUGCCCCCUUUGCCCUCCAUUCCUCCUCCACCUUUACCAACGUGCCCACCACCCGGAGUUUGCAGGAGACCCUGGGCUGACAAACCCCGGGACAAUAGUAACAGGAAGUCCUAUGAAUUUGAGGAUCUGCUCCAGUCGUCUUCAGAGAGCUGCAGGGUGGACUGGUACGCUCAGUCCAGACUGGGCCUAACACGCACUUUAUCAGAAGAGAAUGUCUACGAGGACAUAAUAGAUCCUCCAUCCAAGGAAAACCCCUACGAAGACAUAGAGCUGGAGAGAAGUUGCUUGGGAAGCAAAUGUGUUUCACCUGCCUCCUCAUCUCCUAUCCCUGACACGCCAACUAAGCUCUCUUCCAAGCCUGGUUUCUUCAGACAGAACUCAGAACGGCGAAGCUUCAAGCUCCUUGAGCUACGCAAGACCAGCAGGGACACUGGCAUCUCCUCUCCCUCCCGUAUCAGCCCCCCCUCCACACCCAGCAGCCCCGAUGACACCCCCUGCCUCUCUGGAGACCCAUACAAUCGCAGACGGAGGAAAAUCCCCAAGAUGGUGCUGAAGAUCAACGGCAUCUUCGAGGCACGGAGAGGGAAGAAACGCAUGAAGAGGGUCUCUCAGUCUACAGAGUCCAGCUCAGGGAGAGUGACCGAUGAGAACAGUGAGUCGGAAAGUGACACGGAGGAGAAGCUAAAAGCUCACAGUCAGCGGCUGGUGUCUGUCCAGUCCAUGCUGAGGCAGACGGGGCGGUACCGGACCUUGGAGAGGGAUCUGAUGGAGUUGCAGGAGAGGAAACUCUUUGAGUAUUUCAUAGUUGUUGCUCUCCACAAGACCAAAGCUGGAGUCCCGUACCUGCCAGAGGUCACACAGCAGUUCCCUCUCAAGCUUGAGAGGAGCUUCAAGUUCAUGCGGGAGGCUGAGGACCAGCUCAAGGUCAUCCCUCAGUUCUGUUUCCCUGAUGCCAAAGACUGGGCGCCUGUCGACAACUUCCCCAGUGAGACGUUCUCAUUUGUCCUGACUGGUGAGGAUGGAAGCAGGCGGUUUGGUUACUGUCGGCGAUUACUGCCCAGUGGUAAAGGCCGGAGGCUCCCUGAGGUCUACUGCAUCGUCAGCCGCCUGGGCUGCUUCGAUCUCUUCUCCAAGAUCCUGGAUGAAGUGGAAAAGAGGAGGGCUAUCUCCCCGGCUCUAGUGCAGCCGUUCAUGAGAGGCAUAAUGGAAGCUCCCUUCCCUGCUCCAGGAAGGACCAUCACUGUCAAAAACUUCCUACCUGGCUCCGGGACAGAGGUGAUAGAGCUGUGUAGGCCGUCAGAUUCUCGUCUGGAACAUGUGGACUUUGAAUGUCUCUUUUCCUCCUUGAGUCUACGUCUCCUCCUCCGAGUGUUUGCCUCUCUACUUCUGGAGCGCAGAGUCAUCUUCACUGCCGACAAACUCAGCACGCUGUCUCAGUGUUGUCAUGCAGUAGUGGCUCUACUCUACCCCUUCACCUGGCAGCAUACGUACAUCCCCGUGCUCCCACCCUCCAUGCUGGACAUUGUCUGCACCCCUACCCCCUUUAUAGUUGGGCUCCUCUCCAGCUCUCUGCCUCGACUCAAAGAGCUGCCCAUAGAAGAGGUCCUGGUGGUCGACCUCGGCAACAGUCGCUUCCUACGACAGCUGGAUGAUGAGGACUCCAUCCUUCCCCACAAGCUGCAGGCGGCUCUCGAGCAUGUGCUGGACAAGAGGAGGGAGCUGGCCUGUGAGAAAGGAGAUCUGCCCAAUGACUCCAGCUCCCUCAGUGCGGUGGUGUCGGAGGCCUUUGUACGUUUCUUCGUGGAGAUGGUUGGUCACUACUCCCUCUUCAUGGGUGGAGCAGAGCGGGAUGAGGAGUCUGUCUCCUCUCCCACCUUGCCCAGCCCCUCUUCUUCUCCCUCCUCGUCUUUCCAGCGAGACCCCUUUCGCAAAGCGGUCACUUCCAAGAGCUUGAGAAGGUUCUUGGAGGUUUUCAUGGAGACUCAGAUGUUCACAGGCUUCAUCCAGGAGAGGGAGCUGCGCAGGCAGGGCCUCAGAGGUUUAUUUGAGGUGAGAGCUCAAGAGUAUCUGGACUCACUGCCAGGGAGCGAGCAACGAGGGGUCAACAAGUUCCUCAAAGGUCUAGGAAACAAGAUGAAAUUCCUUUCCAAGAAAUGAUGCUCAGAGUCAGGAUGUCGUGUGUGAAAGAAGGAAAAAGCAUGAAGAGGCGUGCAGCAGGAAAGAAGACAAGCUCCCUGAACGUGGAAGAACGCAGGGACGGAGAUGUGUCUUUAGGUCAGAACAAAGGAAGACCCUUAAAGUGAACUGGACUCAUAGUUUGUGAACAUGAGGGAAUCUGGGGGACGUUAGAGUUUAGCUCUCAGUUUCAUUAGCCAGUCAUUCCAUUAGUGUUGUAAAGGGUUUCUACUCAGCUUGGACCAAAACACCCCUCUAAUACGUUAAAGCAACGUCUAACAGUGUCUCCUUAGACCUUUGAUUCACAGUCAGUCCCAGCAGUGUGUCACUGUAUAGCACAGCACAGUGUAAAUGUUUUUAGGAACAGUGUUCUCCUUAUCUUCCAUCUAUAAACCUGUAAGCGGGAGCGUCUCUGAAGGUCCCAUUUUGUACCAUACCUUUCUAUACAUUCCAAGUAUUUCCUAUAGAAGCUUUUAUAAAUACAAUAGUACAACUUCUUCAUCAACAGGAGGCGUUUAAGUUAAUUUAUAUUCUUUUUAGAUAAACUUAAUCUCUUUAUUAAAGUUUCCUUCAGAUGAGUGCGAAGAAAUCUCCUGUAGUUUGUAAUAGGCUUUAUUUAACAGAGUCUAGUCCAGACUGUUUGUAGACCACUUUGGGUUGUUGGGUAAAUGUACCACUGUUUUUAUAAAUAAACUUUUAUUGGAAAAAGAAAUGAGUACCAAAAGGAAUAAAAUGUAAAGAUGAGAAGGAGAUCAAUGUGAAUACAUCUCUCGCUUGGGUUUGAGUGUCCGGUUUGGAUGGACUCGAUGUUGAAGGAAGAUGUGUAGGUCAAUCAGUAUCAAUGUGUUUCACAAAAGCAAUUAGGUUUGUCAUAAACUUGAUCGAGGAUGCAAUGAAACUUUAUUA